GUAUCCUUCAACACUUAACGUGGCCAACUUUGUCUCCUUAAAAUUGACUCCUAACAAUUAUUUGUUCUGGAGAACUCAAAUGGCAGCACUCAUUGAAAGCCAAGACAUGCAAGGUUUUUUAGGUGAUGAAUACAACAUGCCAGCAAUGACUAUUAAGGUUCCUGAUGGCACUGAUGCCAUGGGAUCCAAGGAGUUUGAAGAAGUGCUUGGAAUUGUUAUCGGACUUACAACAGCCCAUAACGUUUGGAAUGCUUUGGAAGAAGCAUACGCCCAAGACUCCCAAGAAAGGGAGUUCAAUUUGAAUCAAGCAGUGACCUUACAACGCAAAGGUGAUGAUUCAUUGGGUGAGUAUUUAAGAAAACUCAAAUACAUUCGUGAUGAACUUGCUACCAUGGGAAAAAUUGUCCCAGACAAAACAAAAUUUUUUCUAUUAUUACAAAGCCUUGGUCAUGGCUAUGAAAAUUUUUUCUCGGAUGUGGAUUGGGCUGGAUGUCCCCUCACUUGUCGCUCCACCUUCGGCUAUUGCACCUUUUUUGGAAGCACUUGUAUCUCCUGGUGUGCCAAGAAACAACCCAUAGUGGCUCAUUCAAGUGCUGAAGCAGAGUACCGAUCAAUGGCAUCCACAGCAGCUGAAAUUACCUAAGAUUGCAUGCCUUCUCCGAGACGUAUGAGUACCACUUUAUAAAACUCCUAUUCUUCACUGUGAUAACUUGAGUGCACUUCAUAUGACUGUAAAUCCAGUGUUUCACGGGCGCACCGAAUAUAUUGAAAUUGAUUAU